GAAAAUCAAUUUAUUACUAUCUAUGAAUUCAUUAAAUUCCAUUGAAUCCAGAUCAAAUUCAACCGAUUUACAAUUAAUUGAUAUACAUAUUUAUGUGAUCCCACCAAAUUUAUGGAUUAAUGAUUUAAAUACAACAUUUACUCAAGUGAUUAAAAAUACAGUUUCAGCUGGAAUAAUUCGUUCUAAAAUUAAUAUAAAUUUAGCUGAAUUACGUGAAAUUUUAAAGAAAGAAUUUGAAGAACAAAUUUUACCAAAUGAUUAUAUAUUUUGUAAACAAGUUGGACAUUCACUUGGUCGUAUUCAAUCAAGUCAAGAGAUAUUGUUUAAAGUGAAUGAAUUUCUUCCUCCUCAGUCUGAACUAUCUGAGAUCUAUGUGAUAGAUCGUCAGGCUAUUGAUGAAAGUCAAAUACAUCAAAAAGAAGUUUAUCAACAUGCUGCAGCACAACAUCAUCAGGUCAAUUUAAUGCCACUUCCUACAUUAGGACAAACGAGAUCAGCAUCACCAAUAAUAAAACCAGAUGAUCCAAAAAAAAAUUUACUUGACAAUAAUGAAAAUGUUCAGUCACCAAGUAUUCCUACUCCACAAAGGCAAAAUACACCAGUUAAUCCUGAAUUACCUCCUGUGACAAAUAUGCAUCAAGAAUCUCAACAACAGCAGUUACAACAAAAUAUCAACAGACCUAGUUCACAUUAUGAACAAAGACCAUCUAUUAAUUUACCAGUAAUUUACCCAGUAUCAAAUCAAUCUGUAAACAGUUCACAUGAAUUAACUUCAUUACAAACUGAGUUUAUACCAAAAUCGUUAACACCCAUUAUUCAUACUGGUGAUUCUGGUUUAGAUACUAUUUCAGCAGCAAUUGGUCAUCAAAAAGAUGUUUUACAACGUUUAGAAUAUGAACAACAAAAACGUAUAUUACAGAUGCAAGCGGAAGCUGAAGAGCGUCGUCGUCGUGAGGCUGAACUAUAUGCAAAAGAAUUAGCUAAAAAUGCUAAUCACGCUAAGCGAAUGGAAGAACUAGAGAAAGAAUUAAGAAGAUGGACUGAUGAGGCGAAACAGACAAGAGAACGUUUAGAUCAGUUAAAAUCAGCAUGGGAUACAGCAUUAAAAUCAAAAGAGGAAGAGAUCACUACUUUAAAACAAGGUUUAGAAUUCAUGAAAAAGAGCAGAGAUCAAAAUGAUGGUAAACCCACAGCAAGAGAAAUCGCCGCACAAACAGAAAUACGCCAACUUCAAAUUCAGUUGACCGAAAUGAAGGAGAAUUAUAGUCGUGUUAGAAGAGAAUUAGAAGAAAGACGUAAAGCUGCAGACGCCAGAAUGGACGCUGUUGGAGAUGAAAUAAAGGAUUUAAGGCGAAAAAUGUCAGAUGUACAUGCUACACUAAAAGAACCUAAACCUGUACAAAUUACAGUCAGUUCACACCCUAAAUCUGUUUGUGACGUAGGAACAGAAGCAAUAGAUGAAGUCAAAAAGUCACCACCGCCUCCGAAAAUUAGGAUCAAAAAACGUCAAGUUCAAAUGGAUUCCGAUGAUGAUGUAGAACAUCUACAGCGUUUAAGACGUCUCCGAAUGGCUGCAGAAAAACGAAGAAUAGAAUUGGUUAAACGUUUGCAUUAUUUAUAUGUGAGCCUAGGAACUCGAAGAACACAAGCUCGAGAUGAAUGGAAACGUCGUUAUUAUUCAGCUAAAAAACAGGCACCAAAUCUUGAAUCAAGAAUGAAUGGACACAGAGGUGAUUUAGAAUCACUGAUCAGAAGGACUAUUUCAACCUUAAAACACAGUGGAACAGAUUCUGUAGAGAUCCAGCAUCUCGCAGAGCAGAUGGAGAAACGUCGAGUGGUAACAAGAGAGGAAUACAAACUAGCUGAAAUUAUGCUCAGUUUAACCAAGGCAAUUCGACUUCGAUCACAGGCUGAAACAGAAGGUAGGCUUCUUAACGCUGAAUUGGACCGUAGAAGAGGUGAGCUUAGUUUAGUCAAGUCUACGUCACCAAGCCGAAGAGCAUAUGCAUGCUCAUUAUCACCCAGACGGAGAACAAUACGUGAAUCACGAGAUGUUGCAAGCUUAAAAUCUAAUGGACGACGUACUGUAACUUCAUAUGAACGGCAACGUAGACAUGUUAAUUAUAAGAGUUUAUCUCCGAAUCGAUUGUCAAAUGAUCAAACAUCACAAGAAUCAAGUAGUCAGGAUGACAUGAAAGUUCCAUAUAGAACGAGAAUACAGAGUCCGAAAAAACAAAUUCAAGUUCACGGAUCAGAUGUACGGAUCAAAACUCCAGACUUCGAAGUAUCUGUGCACUCUGGCAAUGAAUCGAAUUGAUAAUAAAAUAAUUACGUCCUAAUAAAUGUAACACAAACCAAAUGAACAUAAAUAACUUGCGUAAUGACAUGUGUUGUGAACUAUGAUUUAUUGAAAUUAGGUUAACC